CUUCUUCUCUGACGUAUAAUGGUAGUCUGACCAAAGAUUUUCAAAAAAUAUAAUGGGGAAAACAAGCAAGUGGAUUCGAAAUUUCUUAACGGGAAAGAAGGAGAGAUCAAAGGAAAAGAUUAUCCAGAGUGAGUGUGGUGGAUUCACUUCACCGGUUCCAGGUAUUCCUAAAGAGAAACGUCGAUGGAUUUUUAGACGUUCUUCUUCCACUAGACCACCAGUUUGUGCUUCUACCCUCAAAGUUUCAUCUCCACCGGUUCAACCGUCACUGCCUCCACCGCCACAACCAUUUGAGGUCGCAAACGUGGACACUGAACAUGAUGAGAACAAGGGCGCGGAGAUUGCAAUGGCUGUUGAAGAAUUUGCAGCAGUGAAGAUUCAGGCCUACUAUCGUUCCCAUUUGGCGAGGAAAGCAUUAAGAGCCUUAAAAGGGUUAGUGAAAUUGCAAGCACUUGUGAGAGGUCAUUUAGUGAGGAAACGAGCAACAGCUACACUUCGAUGCAUGCAAGCGUUGAUUACACUUCAGGCUAAAGCUCGAGAACAGAGGAUUCGUACGAUAGGAGAUUCAACACCAAAAUCCACAAAUCCAAGAACACCGAUUCAUAAAACCCGGAUCAGUGACAUUUACCACGAGAAUGACGAGAACAUCGAGAAUGUGGAAAUGGAGAUUCAGUCCAAAUUUUACUCUCCGGCUCCUUCUAUAACCGAUAUGAGUCCUAGCCAUUUCGAGGAUUGUAACUCGUUCAGCAGAGCUCAACGCAGUCCUCAGUGUUUCGGAUUCAAAGAGUAUUACAAUGGAGAUACUUUGUCUUCUUACGGCUAUCCUCUCUUCCCAAAUUACAUGGCUAAUACUCAGUCUUCUAAAGCCAAGGCUCGGUCUCAGAGUGCGCCGAAGCAGAGACCUUACGAGAUGUACGAGAAGCAUACGAGCGCGAGGAGAAGAUCUAACGUGGAAGCACCGAGGAACGGUGUACUUAAGGCCGUACGGAUGCAUAGAGCUUCAUCUCAAUUAGGAAAGGAAAGUCAACAUGAGUAUUAUCCGUGGAUGGCGACUAAGUUCCAUAGAUCAAACAUUUCGCUUAUGGCGAGUGAGUGCGGAUCUACCAGUACAUUUAUGACCAAUACCAACUACGGUAGAGAUGUUGAUGUUCAGGGGAACGUGCAACAAGCGUGAUUUAGAAAUUCUUAAGUGAUAUGAGAUAUUACUGGAAAAAACAUAGACCAGUCUAGAAACUAAAGAAUGGUUCAAGGAAGAA